AGAUUUUACACUAGAGCUAGGAUUGGAGGUAUCGGAGCGGAUGACUGGACUAUCUUAGCAACAUUGGUAAGAAGUCAAAUAUGUGCAUGCUUUCUCUAAUCUUCUCGCAGGUUAUGUAUAUAAUUACACUCUCGCUUUGCACGGUCUUGGUAUGCUAUGGCCUCGGUCGGCAUAUUUAUUACAUCCCAGUAGACCAUCAAUCCGAGAUAACCAGAUGGAACUGGAUCGUGCAGCCUUUUGGCAUCUUGGCUCUUCCGAUAGGAAAGAUUUCAGUGGUCCUCCUGCUUGAGCGCCUCAUGGGGAAUACAUGUGUUAGGUGGAGAUGGUUUUUGUGGAUGAACAUGGCAUUAUUUACUGCGAGCAUGAUUUCUUCAUCCAUCAUCAGCUACGCUCAAUGCAACCCACCCCGAGCACUUUGGUCUCAAGUGCCAGGAGCUGUUUGCUUGGACCCUACUGUUAAUGCGAAUUUUGCCCUAUUCGGCUGCGCCUAUAGCUCAUUUCUCGACUUUACGCUCGCCAUCAUCCCCAUUACAUUUGUGUGGAAACUCAGAAUGUCAACUCAAAAGAAAGUCGGCCUUUACUUCUUGCUUGGCAUGGGUGUUUUAUCUGGAGUAUGUGCCGCAAUCAAGGCUGCCCAGUCGACCGAGCUCGGAACUCGACAAGAUGUGUCAUGGGCACUCUUCUCUCUAUAUGCUUGGAGCGCUUCUGAGAUUUUUCUCAAUAUUGUGUGCGCCUGUGUGGCCACCCUCAAACCUCUCUAUGACCACUUAAUGAAGAGCAAGCCACUCCCGCGCCGAGCACAACAUACCUACGAGUCUAGAAUUGGUACUGACAGAUGGGAAUCGGUGUAGGUAGGGGGAAACGAGGUACUUCCUUACUAUUUGGUUUCUAUUGGUGUCAGAUAAAGGGAGCCUGCUUUUGGAAAGGAGGGCAUUUGUAACUGUAGAGACUAUGGCUUAAAAACC